CCUGGUUCAGCCUUUUCGACAAAAACUUCAUCAUGGGUCGUAUGCACGCACCGGGAAAGGGUAUUUCUGCCUCCGCCCUGCCUUAUAGAAGGAGUGUUCCGACAUGGUUGAAGCUUAGUAGCGAUGAUGUGAAGGAGCAAAUUUUUAAAUUGGCGAAGAAAGGCCUCAGACCUUCACAGAUUGGUGUUAUAUUGAGGGACUCUCAUGGUGUCGCACAGGUCCGCUUUGUGACUGGAAACCAGAUUUUGAGAAUCUUGAAAGCAAAAGGUCUUGCUCCCGAUUUGCCAGAAGAUUUAUACUAUCUGAUCAAGAAAGCCGUUGCGAUGCGCAAGCACUUAGAAAGGAAUCGCAAAGACACAGAUUCAAAAUUCCGUUUGAUUUUGGUCGAGAGCAGAAUCCAUCGUCUCGCUCGAUACUACAAAUCAAGAGCUGUUCUUCCACCAAAUUGGAAAUAUGAGAGUUCAACAGCUUCUGCUCUUGUUGCUUAAAUUUUCAAUGAAAAAUCUCAUCUUUAUGGUUUUAAUAAUAUAAAGAAGAGUGCACAUUG